AUGCAUUCACGUGUUAUCAUCCUUGCAUGCUCUGUUGCUGUUUUAUUACUUAUGGUUUCAUCAUCAGCCAUUGCUGCCGAUGAUCAACAUUAUCCACGAGUUGGAAAAAUGCCUGGUGGUGCAUGGCUUUCAGCCCAUCAAUUACAACAAUUGAACAAACGUGGUCGAUUUGUUUUUCGUGAUGCACCUAAUGUACAUCAUUUUGAUGCCGCCGAUGUUGAUGCUCUUAUCAAUGAAGAUGUUCAUGAUGCUGAAUCAAAUCUUAACAAACGAAAUUGGCGAUUAUAA